AAUCGGAUUGUGAAGCUAUGGAAAACACCAGGCUGAGAAAUGACUCGGAUAGCAACUUAAGUUACACCGAGGUCCAUUCCAGUCAGGAAAAUUCUCCUGGGCCAGUAAAUGAAUAUCACAAUACCAGGCGGUAUCAGAGAUUGGAAGAUCACUCAGCCAGCACAACAUGGUUCCAGACCUUGGUACACUUGCUCAAAGGUAAUAUUGGAACUGGACUUCUGGGCCUUCCAUUGGCUGUGAAAAAUGCAGGGAUUGUGUUGGGUCCGCUGAGUCUGAUUGUUAUGGGAAUCAUUGCUGUUCAUUGCAUGGACCUUUUGGUUAAAUGUGCCAAUCACUUCUGUCAAAGGGACCAGAGACCAUUUGUGGAUUAUGGAGAUACUGUGAUGUAUGGAAUGCAGGCAGCUCCCAGCCACUGGAUGCGUACACAUUCUAUAUGGGGAAGGAGGAUUGUUGGAUUCUUCUUAAUCCUUACUCAGUUGGGAUUUUGCUGUGUCUACUUCGUAUUCAUGGCAGAUAAUAUCAAGCAGGUAGUGGAAGCUGCCAACUCCACCACAAAUGACUGUAGCUACAAUAAGACCGUGAUUCUAACCGAGAGCAUGGACUCCAGAUUGUACAUGCUAGCAUUCCUCCCUUUCCUCGUCCUACUAGUCUUCAUCAGAAACCUUCGCUAUUUGUCUUUUUUGUCCCUGUUGGCUAAUCUGACCAUGUUGGGGAGUGUAAUUUUGAUCUACAUCUACAUUGGACAGAACAUCCCAGAUCCCUCACAUCUGUCUUAUGUGUCCAGCUUGAGAGCCUAUCCCCUGUUUUUUGGCACGGCAAUUUUUGCUUUUGAAGGCAUUGGUGUGAUCCUGCCUUUGGAAAAUAAGAUGAAGAUCCCUCAUCAAUUCUCUGUGGUUUUGUAUGUAGGAAUGGCAAUCGUCACAGCUCUGUACAUAAGCAUGGGCACUUUGGGUUACUUGCACUUUGGUGAUGAUAUACAGUCCUCCAUAACUCUGAAUUUGCCUAACUGCUGGCUUUACCAAUCCGUAAAGUUACUCUACUCCUUUGGGAUAUUUAUCACCUUUGCUUUACAGUUCUACGUCGCUGCUGAAAUCAUAGUUCCCGUGGCCACUUCAAAGGUUUCAGAUCGCUGGGUGUUGUUUGUCGAUCUAGUAACAAGAACACUUUUAGUUUGUGUUACAUGUGCCCUUGCUGUCCUCAUUCCUCGUCUGGACCUGAUCAUUACACUGGUGGGGUCAGUGAGCAGCAGUGCAUUGGCUCUGAUAAUCCCUCCUAUACUAGAGAUCCUAACUUACUACUCUGAAGGUCUUAGCAGAUGGAGCAUCUUCAAGGACGUCAUGAUUAGUGUGGUGGGGUUUUUGGGCUUUGUGUUCGGAACAUAUGUAACAUUGUGGGAACUGCUGGCACCACAACCCUUGCCAAUUCAUAAUUCUACAUCUGAGUAUUUAGUACAGUGAGACACUAGUCUCCUCAGUAUUGUUUAAUGUUUUCACUGCUAAUUACACAAACAUGCCAGGGCAGGAACAUUGUUCUAGUGAUUCUGAUUAUUCAUCUCUUGUACAGAAUUGUUGAAUUACAUGAAUGUAUUUAUUGUGCAGGUUAAUUGCCAGAAUAUCUGCAAAUGUUAUUUUGUAGGACAUGAUCUUUUAAUUUUGUUCAUUUUUACAAAGUCAUUUGCAUAUGUUUGUUUUGUAGCAUUAUGAGUUUGUGGUCAGUUAAGCACAGGUUAUUUUCCAAAAUCUGCAUGAUCAGGUCAUGCCCUGUACAGAGAGAUUGGCAAUUACUGUUUUGCUUGCAAGUUAGUGGAAUGUUGAAGGGGAAAAUUAAGGAUAAAUAUUUGAUUAAAGGUUAGAGUGUGGUAAAGGACCAAAAACAUGUUUGACCUGUUGAUCUUCUACCCUAUUAUUUGUAUACCCUAGUAUGCCACUAAAAUAUAAAUACCAAAAUAUAGCCGAGAGGGGGAGACAAACUAAGAAUAUAUUUCAGUCUUAUAUUUUGUAUUGUUGUAUCCGUACAUGCUGCACUAAAUGUUGUCUCUUUCUAUUUGAGCGGAAGAGAGACAUAUAACUAUAUCAAUCCAUCGAUCUUUCUUUUUCCCAUUACUGUAUGUGCGUGUGUGUGUAUAUAUAAAAGAAAGUAUACCCUUUUUAAAAUCCUAUGGUUUUUCUCUUGUUUUACAUAUCAGGAUGUAAUAACGAUCAUCUGUUCCUUAGCAGGUCAGAUAAAUACAAUGAACUAAGAUGAACAACUAACUACACAUGACAAAUUACACCGUGUCAUGAUUUAUUUAACAAAAAUAAAGCCAAGAUGGAGAAACCAUGUGUGAAAAACACAUUUGAUGUAAAACCAUGAAUUCAAAGAGUGUGUACUUUGCUUUUCCCAUGAGUGUGUGUGUGUGUGAUUACAUAGUAUUGUAUCAGUAUGGGCACUGCCAGUGAUGCUUAAUAUUUCAAAGUAUUUUUUUAUUUUGAUCCACUACAUGUAAGUAAGUCACCAUUAGGAAGAUAUAUUGUUUCCUAAGAGGAAGACUAGGCAAAGGAGCCUAGGCAAUU